UUGUUUUACGUGCACAACAUCAGUCGUCAUCGAGCUUUGAUAGCCGAGCCAAUUUUGGAGUUUUGCUUGACAGUUGGGUCGAUCUUGUUUCUAAUUGUACUAUGAGACUGUUCUGGGUAGGCUACUUUUACGCGCGACUCACUUUUAUUUAAGAAAAGAGGGGAAAAAAGAAAAACCUUUUCAAACGAAAACUGGAAAAACCGUGAACAACGUGGUUUAGUGUAAUCUGCUUCACAGCCGUUCUUUGCGUCGUCACGCAAGGCUCCUCCCCACAAACGGUUGCUAAUCGAACCACAUCCAUUUCCGCAUAUCAUCCAUUCAGGUUUCAACGUCCAUUUUCUAGGUGUUCGUACCACAUUUACGGUACGGGGAGGGGCGUUGCGUGACGACACAAAGAGUGGCUAAGGAACAGACUAGUUUUAGUGCGGUGGUACAUUUUUAAAGGUAAAGCUACCUCUAAAUGUAUGGGAUCGUGGACUCCACGACAAGUCCAUUGUUAGUGGCUACACACCGUUACCAGGUUCAAAAUCUGCUGUAAAUGUUAAUUUAACUAAAUUCACAUUGUAUAAGCAGUACAAUUUAAUAAGAAUGGCUGUGGUGUAGCGUUACCUUAGAAACGUUCCUUUACUCAGAACAUCCAUGAAAUAUUGGGAGAUUAGACCUAUUUUUACCAAGAAAAAUCAGUCAAUUAAUCAGUAAUUAGAGCUUUUUUUUAUUUCUUGUCUCCUCUGACGAGAUUCAUUUACUGAUAUUUUAGUGCAAAAAUGACGGCGAGAAUGUAAAGAUGCCUAUGGGAUACCCCAGGUUCGUGACGCAAGGCAGCAAAAACAGGUUCAUCUUCCGAUGCAACAAGUUUNUUUAAUAAGAAUGGCUGUGGUGUAGCGUUACCUUAGAAACGUUCCUUUACUCAGAACAUCCAUGAAAUAUUGGGAGAUUAGACCUAUUUUUACCAAGAAAAAUCAGUCAAUUAAUCAGUAAUUAGAGCUUUUUUUUAUUUCUUGUCUCCUCUGACGAGAUUCAUUUACUGAUAUUUUAGUGCAAAAAUGACGGCGAGAAUGUAAAGAUGCCUAUGGGAUACCCCAGGUUCGUGACGCAAGGCAGCAAAAACAGGUUCAUCUUCCGAUGCAACAAGUUUAACAGAAACGUCAUCUUUGACCCAUACUUAGAAGUGAGUGAAGGGGAUGACACAGAUGACAGCAGUCCGAUGACUCCUACUGA